AUGGGGGGCGCCGUGCUGGUGGCCGUCGCGGCCGCCAUCGGCAACUUGCUGCAGGGCUGGGAUAAUGCCACCAUUGCAGGGGCAGUCUUGUACAUAAAGAAGGAAUUCAAUUUACAGAGCGAACCCCUAAUCGAGGGUCUCAUCGUGGCUACGUCCCUCAUUGGGGCAACAGCGGUCACGACGAUCGCCGGGGCGGUGGCUGACUCCAUUGGCAGGCGGCCCGUGCUGAUCGCCUCGGCUGUCCUCUACUUUGUCAGUGGGUUGGUGAUGCUCUGGGCACCAAGCGUGUAUGUCUUGCUCCUAGCAAGGCUCAUCGAUGGACUCGGUAUCGGUUUGGCUCUCACGAUCGUUCCACUAUACAUCUCCGAGACUGCGCCGACGGAUAUUCGAGGAUCGUUGAACACGCUUCCGCAGUUCAAUGCGACCGGUGGGAUGUUCCUUUCUUAUUGCAUGGUGUUUGGGAUGUCUCUCUUUCCAAAACCUAAUUGGAGGAUCAUGCUUGGGGUUCUAUCGAUCCCCUCGCUUAUAUACUUUGCACUGGCUGUCUUCUACCUGCCUGAGUCACCGAGGUGGCUCGUGAGCAAAGGAAGGAUGGUCGAGGCUAAGAGAGUCUUGCAGAGGCUGCGGGGAAGGGAAGAUGUCUCAGGAGAAAUGGCUCUUCUGGUCGAAGGUCUGGGUGUUGGGAAAGAUACACGUGUUGAAGAAUACAUAAUUGGCCCUGAUGAAGGGCUGGCUCCACAUCCAGAGAAGAUCAAACUAUAUGGACCUGAAGAAGGCCAAACCUGGGUUGCCCGACCUGUUAGUGGUCAAAGUGCACUUGGAAGUGCGUAUGGUCUCCUCUCUCAACUUGGGAGCAUGGCUAGUCAAGGUAAGCCCUUUGUGGAUAAUGUUGUCACUCUUUUCGAUAGCGUACACGAGAAGAUGCCCGAUAUAAUUUCGAGCAUGCGGAGCACAUUGAUUCCCAACUUUGGCAGCAUGUUUAGUGUCAUGGAGCAGCAGCAGCAGCAGCAGCGGGCUAAAGCUGACUCGGAUGCCGAGAGUCAAAUGGAAGGCAAUGAGUACGCUUCAAAUCAUGGUGGAGAUGACAAUGAGGAAAGCCUCCAAAGCCCACUUAUUUCUCGACAAUCAACAAGUGUGGAAGGAAUACCUCAUGGUAGCAUAAUUGGUGGAGGAUGGCAAUUGGCAUGGAAAUGGACCGAGAGAGAAGGUGCAGACGGGCAAAAGGAAGGUGGCUUCCAACGUAUUUACUUGCAUGAGGAGGGCGUACAAGGCAGCAAGGGUUCUAUAUUGUCAUUACUAGGGGGAGAUGUCCCACCUGGUAGUGAGUUCGUCCAGGCUGCGGCUCUUGUGAGUCAACCAGCUCUUUACUCCAAGAAACUGUUGGAGCAGCGUGCUGCUGGUCCUACCAUGGUGCAUCCAUCAGAGGCAGUUGCUAAAGGUCCAAAAUGGGCCGACCUUUUUGAACCUGGAGUGAAGCAUGCACUAUUUGUUGGCAUAGGAAUACAGAUCCUGCAACAGUUCGCUGGCAUCAGCGGUGUUCUCUACUACACUCCUCAAAUUCUUGAGCAAGCAGGUGUUGGUGUUCUUCUUUCUAACAUUGGCCUUAGCUCAUCUUUGGCAUCUAUUCUUAUCAGCGCCUUGACAACCUUAUUGAUGCUUCCGAGCAUUGGCAUUGCCAUGAGGUUCAUGGAUAUGUCUGGAAGGAGGUUUCUUCUCCUUGCGACAAUCCCUAUCCUAAUAGUUGCACUAGUUGUCUUGGUCAUGGUCAACAUUGUGGAUGUGGGAACCACAGUGCAUGCUGCACUCUCCACGAUCAGCCUCAUACUCUAUUUCUGCUUCUUCGUCAUGGGGUUUGGGCCUAUUCCCAACAUUCUUUGUGCAGAGAUCUUCCCCACCACUGUUCGUGGAAUCUGCAUAGCCAUCUGCGCCUUUACCUCCUGGAUCGGUGACAUCAUUGUGACAUACACUCUCCCCGUGAUGCUAAACUCCAUCGGGCUCGCCGGUGUCUUCGGGAUAUAUGCUGUUUUUUGCAUCCUAGCUCUUGUAUUUGUAUACAUGAAGGUGCCAGAGACAAAAGGCAUGCCCCUCGAGGUCAUCAUCGAGUUCUUCUCUGUUGGAGCAAAGCAAGCUAAGGAGGAUUAA